UGGUCAAAUUAUCAGUCAACUUUGUUCGCUUCAGCAGCACAACACAGACCAAGAAACAAAAAUCCUUAAACAUGUUCAAAUUGGUGGUGUUGUCUGCUCUCUUCGCCGUAGCUUUCGCUCGUCCCGGCCAUCUCUAUGAGUCCCCUCUGGUUUAUGCCGCUCCUGCUACCACGACCAUCGUCCAGGAGCCAGUUCUGGCCAAGGUUGGAGCCGUGGUGAACAGCAUCCCCACUUCCGUGAGCCACCAGAGCCAGUCGGUGGUGCACAGCUCUGCCCACGUGGUGGAGGACAUCGUGGCCCCCGUGGUAAAGUCCACUCCGGUGGUCAGCUAUGCCGCUGCCGCUCCCGUGGUGCACACCUCCUACGCUGCUGCCCCGGUGGUGCAAACCACCUACGCCGCUGCCGCCCCGGUGGUCCACACCUCCUAUGCUGCCGCUUCUCCCGUCGUCUACAACUCCAGCUGGUAAUCGGGAGUAAUGGAUUACUGGGGGCUCAUCCGAGCGAUCUGGACGGUUAGAAAAUAGCGAUUCCUUUUGUACAUAAACGAGUUUAAUUGCGAGUAAAAUGUGAUUGUUAAAAAAA